GUCAGAGCAUUGGGACUGCCCCGAACAAAGAUGGCGGGAGAAGCCUCGGUGAGGGCAGACUGAUUCGAACAGCAGAAUCCCAGGCGGUUAGCCCAGGCAGUGGUAGCGGUGUGGCCCGGACCAUGGAGGAGGGCGGCAGCACUGGCGGCGGUGGCAGCGACAGUAGCACUAGCGGGAGUGGCGGGGCGCAGCAAAGGGAGCUGGAGCGCAUGGCUGAAGUCCUGGUCACUGGAGAACAGUUACGACUCAGGCUGCAUGAAGAAAAGGUCAUUAAAGAUAGACGACAUCAUCUCAAAACCUACCCAAACUGUUUUGUUGCAAAAGAAUUGAUUGACUGGCUGAUUGAACACAAAGAGGCUUCCGAUAGAGAGACGGCAAUUAAGCUCAUGCAGAAAUUAGCAGACCGGGGCAUUAUUCAUCAUGUGUGUGACGAGCAUAAGGAGUUCAAGGAUGUCAAACUCUUCUACCGCUUUAGAAAGGACGAUGGCACCUUCCCGCUGGAUAAUGAGGUGAAGGCGUUCAUGCGAGGACAGAGGCUGUAUGAGAAGCUGAUGGCCCCGGAAAACACACUCUUACAACCCAGGGAAGAAGAAGGAGUCAAGUAUGAGCGUACCUUCAUGGCAUCUGAAUUCCUGGAUUGGCUGGUUCAGGAAGGUGAGGCCACCACAAGAAAAGAGGCUGAGCAGCUUUGCCACCGGCUUAUGGAGCAUGGCAUCAUACAACAUGUGUCCAACAAGCACCCGUUUGUGGACAGCAAUCUUCUCUACCAGUUCAGAAUGAACUUCCGUCGGAGGAGAAGACUGAUGGAGCUUCUCAAUGAAAAGUCCCCCUCCUCCCAGGAGGCUCAUGACAGCCCCUUCUGCCUGAGGAAGCAGAGCCAUGACAAUCGGAAAUCUACCAGCUUCAUGUCAGUCAGCCCCAGCAAGGAGAUCAAGAUCGUGUCUGCAGUGCGGAGGAGCAGCAUGAGCAGCUGUGGCAGCAGCGGCUACUUUAGUAGCAGCCCCACCCUCAGCAGCAGCCCCCCUGUGCUCUGCAACCCCAAGUCUGUGCUCAAGAGGCCAGUCACUUCUGAGGAGCUCCUGACUCCUGGAGCACCGUACGCGAGGAAGACAUUCACGAUUGUUGGCGAUGCGGUUGGCUGGGGCUUUGUGGUACGAGGAAGUAAGCCAUGCCACAUCCAGGCUGUGGACCCCAGUGGCCCUGCAGCGGCAGCAGGAAUGAAGGUCUGUCAGUUCGUCGUCUCUGUCAAUGGGCUCAAUGUGCUGCACGUAGACUACCGGACCGUGAGCAAUCUGAUUCUGACAGGCCCACGGACAAUUGUCAUGGAAGUCAUGGAGGAGUUAGAGUGCUGAGCAGCUGUCCCUUCAGGCCUCCGGUGGCCCAUGGGUGACCAGAGUGACACAAUAACACAAUGACAACACUUCAUGCGAAUGGAUGGCUUUGGACAUAGGAAAUUUUUCUUUGUGCAUACACAUCCUAAAAUUGAGUUUCAUACACUGUUUGAAUGUGGAAGAACCGGGUAACACAUCUUUUAAAAAGUCAAUGUGGAAAACAUUUGGGAACUAGAGUUUUCCUACAUGAUGGAAUUGCCUUAUUAGAUUUCUAGGUAUAGUUCUCAUUCAUCGUUUUUUUAAAUCUUAGUUUGCAGAAAGUUGUUAAAAUGUUUUUCUACCCAGAAUAGCAACAUGCUAAAAUUCCCCUUUUAGGAGUCAUUAGUUGUUACAGACUUUAAAUUGUACUUU